UAAAAUAUCGAUGGGUUAUUAUAUCGAUACGGUAUCUCAGUACACAGAAAAUUAUUUUAUGCUGAAAAAACGCACAAAACGCGCAUUGUAAACGCAUUAAGAACAAACGCGCCCAGACCGCGACUCCUGGACAGGUUGGCAGCUAUAUAGCUUGUGCAGAUUGCAGCCCAAGUCGUAGUUUUAAGGAGCCGACACAAAGUUACAGCGUCGACAGCAGCCAACAGCAACAGCCCCAGCCCUCGCCCAACACUAACAACUACAGCAGCAGCAACAACAACAACCACCACCCUAACCAAGAGAACAACAACAACUAGAGUCGCACAAUCACACAAAGCACCAGCAGCAGCAGCAGCAAACGCAACAAAUAAUAUGCAGGCGAUUAAGUGUGUCGUCGUGGGUGAUGGUGCUGUGGGUAAGACAUGCCUGCUCAUCAGCUAUACGACAAAUGCGUUUCCCGGCGAGUAUAUUCCCACCGUCUUUGACAACUAUUCCGCCAAUGUUAUGGUUGACGCGAAGCCCAUCAAUUUGGGCUUGUGGGAUACGGCCGGCCAGGAGGAUUAUGAUCGCUUGCGGCCAUUGUCGUAUCCACAGACCGAUGUCUUCCUCAUUUGCUUCUCGCUGGUAAAUCCAGCCUCGUUCGAGAACGUGCGAGCCAAAUGGUAUCCCGAGGUGCGUCAUCAUUGCCCCAGCACACCAAUCAUAUUGGUGGGCACCAAGCUGGAUUUGCGCGACGAUAAGAAUACAAUUGAGAAGCUGCGUGACAAGAAGCUAGCGCCCAUCACAUACCCACAGGGUUUGGCCAUGGCCAAGGAAAUCGGAGCUGUUAAAUAUUUGGAAUGUUCGGCACUGACGCAAAAGGGCCUGAAGACCGUCUUCGAUGAGGCUAUUAGAUCGGUGCUCUGUCCCGUUCUGCAGCCCAAAUCCAAGCGCAAAUGCGCUCUGCUUUAAUUUUAAGACGCACACACACACCAAUACACACACACACACAUACACAUAGAACACCCACGAAGCAUUGUAUUUGUAUUUGUCGUCAAGUCUAUUUAAUAACGUAAUAUUAUUAACUAAUAACAAUUGUGUAAAAUAAGCAGCAGGAGCAGCAGUAGCAGCCAGCACGUUGAUUAUAGGAGAAUAUGAAGGAGGGGAAUGAGUCCAGUGAUUGGAACUGGGAUCUACGUCAACCUGCCUCUAUUUUCUGCUUUGUUAAAAACCUUGCCCACACACACACAUGCAAAAUUUGGGGAUAACCGAAUUUUCUUACUAAUUUUUGUUACUCUUCGUCCUUUUGUUUAAAGUUUAAACUCUUCGUCAUGUUUCGUUUAAGUGUGUUUGUUCCAUGUUUUUGCUUUUUCUAUUCAAUUUGAACUAAUUUCAAAUAUGUGCAUUAAUUUGAACUAAAAGUUAAUUAAAAAUUAAUGUUGUAAAACCAAAAAAAAAAAAAAAAAAAAAUGUAAAAGGAAAAAUUUAUUAAACAGAGAGCUGAGUGAAUGUGAACACAGCAUAAAGAGAAUUCAAAGAUAAUGCAGCCAGUAAACGGUUCCGUUGCAAUGACAGAAAUAUGCUUAGAUGUUGUUUAAUACCGUACGGAAACUAGGGAAUGUCAGAGAUUAGGCAGAAUUGCAGCUACAAACAAAUACAUAUACAUAUAAAAAGGUAAUUGAAAUAAAGAACAUAAUUAAUGUAUGAUAUGCAUUUCCUAAGUGGAGCACGAUUUCCAAGAGAACAAUUUUUAAAUUGCUAAAAAGUAAAUAAAUAAAAAAAGGAACUACAUAUAUAUAAGAUAAUGUCCUUCGUAUACUAUGUACAUGUACUGAUUUAAAAUACACAAAACACAAAAAAAGAGAAAACAGGAUAACUGAAACUUUGAAUACUUUGUAUUUUAAAUAUUCGAAAACGAAAGCAAAUCUAAUUACAUACAUAUACAUAAAUGUGUCAAUGGAAAUCAAAUAAAGCAUACAGAAAAAAGA